CCCCCAACACCUAAUGUCCCUCAGACAAAAUCGCCUACAAAUUAAUUACAAACGUUAAAGUCAAUUUUUGAGGGGAUUUCAAAAUAGAGCUACUCACCUACGACUGCUUUACGUAGGUUAUUUGUCACAAAUCAGCUCUCAUCUGGCAACCUGGGACGACUUACCAAGUCAGUGUGAGAAUCACCACUGUUAGGGUUAAUUGGGGCUGAUCAGAUAAAGACAUCCUGGAUGUGUUGCCUCACAGUUCAGGCCUCUGGGAUAACUGCUGAACUUGAUAACCACCUGUCCUCCAGAGAUGCUAAUGAGGCAAAAUGGUAAUUCAGGGAUCCUGGCUGCGGUGGGUGACUCAGUGUUGAGUUUUUUUUUUUUUUUGGGAUUUCAGAGGAAAGUAUGAAUGGAAGUUGAUGCAUCUUCCUAAAAAGGAUAAAUGUGUAACAGUUAGCGACUGAGAAAGUGACAGAGAAAGAGAGAGAGAAAGAGAGAGAGAGAGAGGAAGUGCUGAUGUGAUCAUCAGAGGGGUACCUGCCUCUCGGUGUCCUGUCUUAAAGUCAUUGCGGCUUGCACCGUCUGAGGAGAACUGCAGAGUUUGAGGAAGAGUCAUGAUGUCAGAUUCCAGAGUGUCGUCUGUCAUCCAGGAGUGGGUGAGUUCGUAUCCAGGUCAGCCUCACAGCCAGCCCCUGAAUCCCAUCGCCUCCAACCAGGCCGCACAGUCCAGUCAGAUGUCUCAGAUGGACAUGAUCUCGUACGGCCAGUCUCACACGGGGAUCAUCAGGGGGAUCACUGACGAGAGAGUAGCCGAGCAGAUGAUGGGACUGCCCUACCUGUCCUACAACACGUCCUGCCUCAGCAGCAAUCCCAACUCGGGGACUUCGAACCACCACCAGACCCACGCCGGUGCUCAGCAGGACUUCUCGCCCUUCCUGCUGCCCAGAGCCCCGGUGACCAAGAGAAGCAUCAGCAAGGACAGCGCGGAGUACCGCCUGCGGCGCGAGAGGAACAACGUCGCGGUGAGGAAGAGCCGGGACAAGGCCCGUAGGAGGAUCCUGCUGACCCAGCAGAGGGCCCUGCAGCUGCAGGAGGAGAACCAGAAGCUGCAGAUGAAGAUAGGACAGCUCACCCAGGAGCUGGACACUCUGAAACACAUCCUGUCACAGCGGCACCUGCAGGGAGGCGAAGACGGCACGCCGCAGGAGUCUGCUAUUUGACCUUUUUGCCCCCCCCCCCCCCCAGCAGGCCUCGCGGGUGUCAGAGCUGCCUGUCAGGAUUAGGCACAAAUGUCCGAAAGACUGAAAAAAAGAGUCUGUUUUACACUAACAUUUGUGAUUUUGGGAAGUGGAAAGAUUGACUUUAGCAUAGGUUUAAAAUGUGUGUUUGUUGAAGUUGCAUAACGGCAGAAAAAAAAGAAGAAAAAAGCAGAACUAACUCAAAGUGACCUAGCAACCACACAGAGGUUAUGUCCACCACCCUUCUCAUUUUAAUGCAUCUCUUUGUGUAACGUAACUUGCCAUGUCUGCCCAAUUUUUCUUACUGCGCUCACAAGACGAAAAACUAAGAAAAUGAAAAGAGCCUUCUUCACUGUGCUGUAAUAUUUCACAAAGCGUUCACACUAUGUAAUUUAUCAACUGAAUUGAAAGCUCAUAGAUUUGGAUAACAGAAGAGUUUCUGAAAACAGACUUGAGUUUGACUUUUUAACUUUAAUAGGAGAAUGGCUCAGAAUGAAUAAACUCUAGUUCAGUUUUGAUUCCACAUUAGUGUCUCUUCUAACUCAUCAAUUUUAAUUGGCAACUCUUUUUUUUAUUAGCUUUCUGUCACUAGGUAAGGAUUUUGAAACAUAAAUUCUGUUUAAGCAAAAAUGAAACCUGAGGAUUUUCUACAUUUGCAAGCAUUGCAAUCCCAUUCUAAUUAACUUUAUCAUCUGAAAUGGCAUUUUUUACCUGCUUUUGCUAACCAGUGUUAGUGGCACAUUUUAUCACAAUAGAAUCGUGAGGCCUCACUUUGGGCUCAGAGUACAUUCCUCUCCCAAAGUUAUAUGCUGAAAGGGUCAAAACUGGCAACGUAAAGAAAGACUGAUCAUGCCUAAAGAUAGCCGAAGCGCGGUAAAUGUGCCAAAGUUGGAGCUACGUGUUGGGGAAGGCAAAAAUAAAUAAAAAAUGAUACCGAACUGGUGCGAUCUGGAAUUGAACCCGUGUUCAUGGCUUCUUUGAAGAUUACUUUCGCAGUUUUACUUUAAAAACGAAACUUUUCCCAAGAUGGCGUGUGAUCCGUGACGGGCUUGUUUGAAAUAAAGUCUCUUUUAUUCAGAAUUCAAG